AUGGAGAUCCAUGAACGCCAUGACUUGAUCUCGAUAUCGCGUCGAUGUGGCAGACAUGGGAAGCCCUUGCGUGAUGAACAGGGGGCGGCUCCCGCUGUUGCCAUGAAGCAUCGUGAGAAGGAAACCUCUUCGCGAAGGCCUAAUCCCUCCUCUGGUACAUCACCUCGAGCGGGAGCUCAUGAGGUGACUCGCCGCCGGCGCCUCAUCUUAGAAGAAGAGUCUGAGGAUGAUUUCUCUGUCCAGCCCAUCUCGUCUAUUGGGCAGGAUGGAACUCAGCCACCUCCUCUUCAGCCCGACCCACGGAAUCUUAAGGCUCUGCAGAACUUUGCGCACAUGACCAGGCUGAAGGGAUAG